CGAGUGUCUGGAGGGGAGGACUCGGGAGCGCGACCAGCCGAGGGAUCGAUCGGAUUAAACUCGAUUCGAGUGAAAUUAACACAAAGGAGCGAAGAGCAACGCACACUAGUCGGCGAGGUUGCGGAUGCGAGACACGCCGGAGAAAUAUUUCAUGAAAAACAUAAAACUUGAACUUUUUUUCCUCUGUUUAUUUAUAUUUCAAACGAAAAAAGGACCACGGUGGAUUUUUUUUUCAACCAAGCGGAGAUACUAACCCUACCAACCAGGAGUUGAUUUGAUAAAAACCUCGAAGUGACCGAGCUUGUUGGGAACCACAACGAGGACCAUGGAGUAACAAGCUUCGUAUUAGCAGCUAGCUGAUUAGCUCCUCACUGCACAACACACCUCCUUCCAUCUAGUCGCCUCCAUCUGUGGGCCCCCCACCUGGCCAUGGCGGACCCAGGGAUGUUGAGUUUAUUUGGGGACGAUGCAGGGCUGUUCUCAGAUGGAUUAGAUGGUUUAGGAGACUGCUUUCCUCAGCAGCCUGCCCCUGGCCAGUCCAACCCUCUAGCCCAGCAGACUAAUCCCUCUCUGAACCAUGAGCACCAGGGAAACAGGGGUUACCACCAGGGGAUGAUCCACGGUGCUGGGACUGGCCCAGGGCAGCCUAAAUUGGGGCAAAUGUACGACCACAGCCCCUACACAGGCUACGAUCAAUCUGGUGCCCCUGGAGGACGAAUGAUGGCCCAGAAUGGUCCCAGCCAGGGGCCACCAAAUGUGAACGCAGCCAUGAAUGGCAUGGCUUCCCACUACCAUAAUAACCCAGCUAACUCUAGCAACCCACACCAUGGGUACCCAGGUGAGGCUGGGGGUGGAGGAGGAGGUGGGGGUGGGGUUUGGGGCCAGCAGCAGCAGAGCAGAUCAGCUUAUCAGCAGCCUCCAACACAACCGGGAGGCGGCCCCAAUCAGAUGGGGGCCUACCAGAUGUCUCAAGGCAACUAUGGUGGGAUGCAAGGCCCACCCACACCGAAUGCAGCUCGCAUGAACCAACACUACCCACAGAGCAUGGCGCCCCCCCCUGCUCAGGACCCAUCUCACUACCUGGGACAUGUUGGAAUGGGGGGGAACCAGAUUAGACACCCCCAGCCCCAGCCACAACCACAGGGCUAUUCCAACAUGGGUCACACACCCCGAUACCCGCACUCCCCUUCCCGACAGUCCCCACACACCCACCAGCAUCAGCAGGGCAUGGCAGGGUUUGGGGGAGGCCAGUACCCUGGCUAUCAGGCCCAGUAUGGAGCCAUUGGACCUGGGAUGGGCCAGAGUGCUAAUACUAACGUCAGUAGUAACACCAGCCAGGCCAUGGCACCAGGGCAGCUUGGCCAGAGGUUUAACCAGGGAUCAGGCCCAGCAACUGGGCAGCAGGGGCAGCGAUAUCCCCCUGCACCACCACACCAACCCCAGCCCCUUCAAACCCAUUCUGCCCCUAUGCAGCAGCAGGCAGGACAGCAUGGCCAGCCUAUGCACCCCCUAAACCACACCCAGCAUCCUCAGAAUGUGCCCCAGUCGCAAAAUCAGCCCCAGUCCCACCUUGCCCCCCCAGCUCAGGGAUCUUACCCCUCCCCCUCAUCCAUGUCCCCCAUGAGGGUUUUGGGGACCCCGACCCCUCCUCCCCAGCAGGGCAGACCCCCUAGCGCAGGACUAGCUGGGCCCCCAGAGGUUACAGGGUACACAGCCCUGCAGUCUCCACCCAAUGCUAUACCCCAUCCACAGAGAACUCCCCAAACCCCUCUGUCUGCCCCUCACCCUCAACACCAGCAGCCCCACAACAUGCCCCCCAAUGCAGGGCAGAUGUAUCCUGGCAUGGGGCCACAGCGUGGUCCACAAAUGGGUCCAAAUAGGCCUCAGCUCCAGCAACAACAAGGACCUCACGAAGCUCCAGUCAGCCAGGGGGGAGACCAGCGUCUGCUCCAGGCCCAGCAGCAGGCCUCUCGAGGCGGGCAGCCCCUGCAGUCUGCUCCCAUGGGUUUCCAGGGUCCGGCCAUCAGUCAGCAUGGAGCUCCGGCCUCAAACCAGGGCUUAGUGCCACCCACCCAGAAUACUCAGACUCAGCACACACACCUGCCCCCCCAGCAUCUGCAGAGCACACCCCCUCAAUCCAACCAGGGAUCCAACCCAUGGGCACCUACGCCUCUUGUCUCCCACCCUCUCUCCUCACCCCCUCUUACUCCACAGAAAGUGCCUCACAUGCAGCAUUCCCCCACAGACUCGUCAGGCGAUGCCUCAAUGAAGGUUCUUGAAAGGCCGACUGUUGGCGCUGGUGCGCCCAGCCAGCCUAUCAGCACAGAGCAGCCCAGCAACCAGGAGACCAAGCCAAAAAAGAAGAAGAAGAAGAAAGCAAAAAUGGUGGAUGGAGAGGAAGAAGAUGGAGGGAAGAAGGCUGCGAGAGGAGGAGCAGAGGAAGACAUAAAGUCAGAAUUUCACAGGUUAGGAAGUGAUGCAGGUGAACAGGUUACUGGGGGAAGUUCACCAUCAGUGGAGGACAAGAAGAAGCGGAAAAAGAAACCAAAGGAGAAGGCGGAGGGCAAGGAGCCCAAAGAGCCCAAGACCCCGAAGACGCCCAAAACGGCCAAGACCCCCAAAGAGCCCAAGGAGAAGAAAGCCAAGAGCUCCACGCCCAAGACCAAGACCCCCAAGAAAACCAGCAGCAAGAAGGUGGAGUCAGAGGUCGGGGCUGGCACUGCUAAGAAGGAUUCCAAGAGGAAGAGAGAGUCGUCAGUCAGCGACGAUGUGGAGGUGAAGUCUCCACCUCCAUCGCCUCCUGAAGAUGAUGAUGAUGACGGUGUACAGAAGCGUCGCUCCAGCCGUCAGGUAAAGAGGAAGAGGUACACAGAGGAUCUGGAGUUUAAAAUUUCAGAGGACGAUGACAGUGGAGAUGACUCACCAGCACCGAAAUCCCCAUCUUCAUCAUCCCAACAACAGGAUGUGGCUGAAGCUGAGGGGCCCAUUGUGGAGAAGAUCAUGGGUCUGCGCACCUCCAAGAAACAGCUGGAGUCAGGGGAGGAAGUGGAGGUGGAGGAGUUCUAUGUCAAGUUCAAGGGCUUUUCGUACCUCCACUGUCGCUGGGCAGACCUGGAGGAGCUGGAGAAGGACAAGAGAAUACACCAGAAGGUCAAGAGGUUUAAGGCCAAGCAACAACUCAACAACUUCAUAACAGAGAUGGAUGAUGAGCCUUUUAACCCGGACUAUGUGGAGGUGGACCGUGUCCUGGACAUUUCAGAGAGCACAGAUGAAAAUGGAGAGAUGGUGACCUUAUAUUUGGUGAAAUGGUGCAGUCUGCCUUACGAAGACUCCACCUGGGAGCUCAAGGCUGACAUCGACCAGUCCAAGAUAGAGGAAUAUGAACGCAUCGCAGCACGCACACCAAACACUAAAAGAGUGGAUCGGCCUCCUGCAGCCGACUGGAAAAAGCUGGAGGGCUCCAGAGAAUACAGGAAUGGAAACGCACUCAGGGAAUACCAGCUCGAAGGCCUCAACUGGCUCACCUUCAACUGGUACAACUCACGUAACUGUAUCUUGGCUGAUGAGAUGGGCCUGGGGAAGACCAUCCAGUCCAUUACCUUCCUCUAUGAGAUUUACAUGAAGGGCAUUGAAGGGCCGUUCCUGGUCAUCGCCCCACUCUCUACCAUCCCCAACUGGGAGCGAGAGUUUAGGACCUGGACCGAGCUCAACGCGGUGGUCUAUCAUGGCAGCCAGGCCAGCCGCAAGACUAUCCAGGCUUAUGAGAUGUACUAUAGAGACACACAGGGUAAGAUAAUAAAGGGAGUAUACCGGUUUCAUGCGGUGAUAACGACCUUUGAGAUGAUUCUGGCUGACUGUCCAGAGCUUCGCAGCAUCCCAUGGCGCUGUGUGGUGAUAGAUGAAGCCCACCGCCUCAAAAACCGAAACUGCAAACUACUGGAAGGACUCAAAAUGAUGGACAUGGAGCACAAAGUUCUGUUGACAGGAACUCCCCUCCAGAACACAGUGGAGGAGCUCUUCAGCUUGCUCAACUUCCUGGAGCCGGAGAGAUUCCCAUCUGAGCAGACGUUCAUGACUGAAUUUGGAGACCUUAAGACUGAAGAACAGGUUCAGAAACUGCAAGGCAUUCUGAAGCCCAUGAUGCUGAGAAGACUGAAGGAGGACGUGGAGAAGAACCUGGCCCCUAAGGAGGAGACCAUCAUUGAGGUGGAGCUCACCAACAUCCAGAAGAAAUACUAUCGAGCCAUUCUGGAGAAGAACUUCUCCUUCCUCUCCAAAGGAGGUGCUGGAGGAGGAGGAGGAGGAGGUGGUGGAGGAGCCAGCGUCCCUAACCUCCUUAACACCAUGAUGGAGCUGAGGAAAUGCUGCAACCACCCCUACCUCAUUAAUGGAGCGGAAGAGAAAAUCGCAGAGGAGUUCAGGGACUCCCACGGAGGCAGGGCAGAUAUGCCGGACAUGGCCCUCCAGGCCAUGAUCCAGGCUGCCGGCAAGCUGGUGCUCAUUGAUAAGCUGCUGCCCAAACUGAAGGCAGGUGGACACAGAGUCCUGGUGUUCAGUCAGAUGGUCCGCUGUCUGGACAUCCUGGAGGACUACCUCAUCCAGAAACGGUAUCCCUAUGAGCGUAUCGAUGGCAGAGUUCGUGGUAACCUGCGCCAGGCAGCCAUCGACCGCUUCUCUAGACCGGACUCAGACCGUUUUGUCUUCCUGCUGUGUACAAGGGCUGGAGGACUGGGCAUCAACCUGACGGCAGCAGACACCUGCAUCAUCUUUGACUCUGACUGGAACCCUCAGAAUGACCUGCAGGCCCAGGCCCGGUGCCACCGUAUCGGCCAGUCAAAGGCGGUCAAGAUCUACCGUCUGAUCACCAGGAACAGCUAUGAGAGGGAGAUGUUCGACAAGGCCAGUCUGAAGCUGGGACUCGACAAGGCCGUGCUACAGAGCAUGAGUGGACGGGAAAAUGCCAACAGUGGGGUCCAGCAGCUGUCCAAGAAGGAGAUCGAGGACCUGCUGAGAAAAGGAGCGUACGGAGCUCUGAUGGACGAGGAGGACGAAGGCUCCAAAUUCUGUGAGGAGGACAUCGACCAGAUCCUCCAGAGACGAACACACACCAUCACCAUAGAGUCUGAGGGAAAGGGCUCUACUUUUGCUAAGGCCAGUUUUGUUGCAACGGGCAACCGAACAGACAUUUCUCUGGAGGAUCCAGACUUCUGGCAGAAAUGGGCCAAGAAGGCUGAGCUGGACCUGGACGCAAUCAAUGGACGGAACACACUGGUGAUUGACACACCAAGGGUGAGGAAGCAGACGCGGCACUACAGCAGCGUCAAAGAGGAAGAGAUGCUGGAGUUCUCGGAGCUGGAGAGUGACGAGGACGAGAUGAGCAAACCCUCAUCCAAGCCACGACGACCUCAGGACAAAACCCAGGGCUACCCCCGAUCUGAGUGCUUCAGGGUGGAGAAGAACCUGCUAGUCUACGGUUGGGGUAGGUGGAGUGACAUCCUGGCUCAUGGUCGCUUCAAGCGCCCCCUGAAGGAGGCUGAUGUCGAGACCAUCUGCAGAGCCCUGCUGGCCUACUGCCUACUGCAUUACCGUGGGGACGAGAACAUCAAAAGUUUCAUCUGGGACCUGAUCACCCCCAGUGAAGAUGGCACCACCAAGACACUGACCAACCACUCUGGUCUCUCUACCCCAGUCCCUCGGGGUAGGAAGGGCAAGAAGGGGAAGUCCCCGGCCCCGCCCCCACAAACUCCACGAGCUGAUUGGCUGGCCAGCUGCAAUCCUGACCACUUACUGCAGGAGGAAAGCUACAAGAGACACCUGAAACAUCACUGUAACAAGGUGCUGCUGAGGGUGAGGAUGCUCUAUUAUCUGAGACAGGAAGUCAUAGGUGACCAGGCUGAGCGCAUCCUGGAAGGAGCCGACUCCAGUGAGCUGGAUAUCUGGAUUCCUCAGCCGUUCCAUGCUGAGGUCCCAGCUGACUGGUGGGACAGCGAGGCCGACAAGUCCCUGCUCAUUGGCGUCUUCAAACACGGCUAUGAGAAGUACAACUCGAUGCGUGCCGACCCCGCCCUGUGUUUCUUGGAGAGGGUGGGUAUGCCGGACGCCAAGGCUAUCGCCGCUGAGCAGAGGGGCUCCGACAUGAUGGCAGAUGGUGUCGAGGGUGAGGAUGAGGAUCCAGAGUACAAGCCACUGCGAAUGCCUUUUAAAGAUGACAUGGACGACUUCACCAACUCUCCGCUGGAUGACAAAGAGGACACUGUGGAGGGCGAGAAUGAAGCAGCUAAAUCAGGUGAGAACGGUCAGAGUGCAGCUACUGUGGGUGGAGCUUCAGGCUCCACUGAGCGACUUUACUGGCCAGCAGCAUCCGCUCUGACAGCUCGCCUACGUCGCCUCAUCACGGCCUAUCAGCGCUCCAACCGCAGAGAACAACUCCGCCAGGAGGCCCUCAACCGGCCUGACGGUCGCCGUCGACGACGCAGGGAGUUCCUGCCUUCCAUGUCCGUGGUUACUGAAACAGGAGGAGGAGCGACUUACAUCCAAGAUGGAACAGCAGUGUUCAUGACAGAAGGAAGCCCAUAUCUGGCAAAACGAAAUGCUUACUUUGCCAAAGGUGGACAGUUAAUGCCAGAGGCUUCACCAGUGAUGACCACCAGCUCCCUGAUGGCUGAUGGAGCCAUGUACUACAAGGAGAGGAGACAAAGAUGGACCCGUCGUGAAGAGGCUGAUUUCUACCGUGUUGUGUCCACCUUCGGCGUCGUCUUUGACACCCAGUGUCAGAAGUUUGAUUGGACACAGUUCAGAGCCUUUGCCCGACUGGACAAGAAAACCGACGAGAGCCUGGAGAAAUAUUACUACUCGUUUAUUGCCAUGUGUAAACGGGUCUGCAGAAUGCAGGUCAAGACUGAAACAGAACUCCCAGACCCAACCCUGAUCAUUGACCCGAUCACAGAGGAGCGUGCCUCUCGCACCCUGUACCGCAUCGAGCUGCUCCGCCGCAUCCGAGAGCAGGUCCUCCCUCAUCCCUUGCUCUCAGAGCGCCUCAAGCUCUGUCAGCCCUCUCCAGACCUCCCGGAGUGGUGGGAGUGUGGCCGCCAUGACCGAGACCUCCUUCUGGGGGCCUCUAAGCACGGCGUGAGCCGAACAGAUUAUCACAUCUUAAAUGACCCUACCUUGGACUUUCUUGAGGCCCAGCAGCGCUCUACCAGCCAGCGAGGAGCCGGCAUUGGCACAGGAUCCCAGGGAGAGGUCACCAAAGCUGGAGUAGGAGCAGCAGAAAUCACCCCUGCACCUCUCCUCACCCCCGCCGAGCUGGCGAGCGCCGCAGCUGCUGCCAAAACUGCUGUUAAUGCCGCUAAAGACGAGAAGACGGAAGAAGGGAAAAUGGAGGUGGAGGUGAAAAAGGAAACGGAGGGAGGAGAUGCCAAUAACAUUCCAUGUACCAAGACUGAAACUCCUGAUGAAGAGAAGAAAAAUGAGGGAGAGGUUGGAAAAGGGGAAGAUGAGACUGCUGCUUCACCAAGAAAGGAGGUCAAGAAAGAGGAAGAGGAGGCUCAGCCAAAAGUAGAAAAAGAGGAGGGGGAGGAGCUGAAGCAGGAGCAGAGUGGAGAUGAAGAGAAGACUUCCAAGCCUGCAGAUGAAGAAGAGAAGGAGUUGACAGAGGAGAAGAGUCUUGUUGACUCCCCAAGGGACCAGAAGGAGAUGACCACUGAGCUCUCAGAGCGUCCUGACUCCUCUCCUAAAGCACAACCAGGCCACAAGACUGUGGGGGAGGAAGACGGAGAGGAGAGGGAGCGGGAGAGCCCCGAGUCUCCUAAAUCUCCAAAGUCAGCUGACACAGAGAAGAGCCCAGAGGAGGAAGAGGAGGAGAGGAUGGAUGAAGACGACAAAUCAGAGAAAUCCUCUCAGGCUGAAGCGAGUGCUGCAUCAGAGCAGAAGAACUUUGACGAGGAGAGUAUCGCGUCUCUGAGCAUGUCGGCCCGCGACGAAACCAGAGAUGGGUUCUGCCCCGACGACCUGCCAGAAACAUCUGCACUGCAUGCCUUACAGGACCGCGCCUACGCCUUUUCAUUCUGGCCUAAGGAUCGAGUGAUGAUUAACAGGAUGGAUAACAUAUGCGAGGCUGUCCUGAAGGGCAAGUGGCCUGUCAACAGACGCCACAUCUUCGACUUCCCCAGCAACUUGUUGCCGGGGCACGGCUCGGCAGUAACCACGGCAGCCACAGCAACUGACAGCCCCCUGCAGAGGCGGAGCCUGGCCGAGCUGACGAUGGCGGGCAUCCAUACGCCUUACAGUGGGAGUGAAGAAAAAACACUAUCACCACAGGUUCAUGAGGGAGCUCUGAGCCUGACGGUGCCUCGACGGAGGAGGAGGAGGAGAAAGAUCGAGAUAGAGGCGGAGAGGGCGGCCAAGAGACGUAACCUGAUGGAGAUGGUGGCUCAGCUGAGAGAGAGCCACGCUGCCGCUGAGUCCCAGAGCCAGGCCAUAGACCUCACCAAGGGUAUGCACCAUCACCACAAGGCCUCACCCUCAUUGGCUGGAUUCCCCAGUGCCCUGGUGACAAGCUCCUCUCUCAAAGCCCAGAUGGAGUUGCUGCAGCAAGCCCCACCCUCUGGACACAGAGCCAAUGGCUCACUGGACGCUGACCUGCCCAUCAUGAGGAGGAGGCGAGGCCGCAGGAAAAAUGUAGAGGGCCUGGAGCUGCUGUUCAUGAGCAACAAGAGAGCAGGAGGGGAUGAUACAGAGGGGGCAAAGGUUUCAGCUGUGGAGGGGGUUCAGGAUGCUGCCCGGGCUGCCCACAGAUCCCUCACCAUCCCAGAGCAGAGCCCCAGUGCCAGAUCUCUUGCCUCUGGCAGUCUGGAGGAGGAAGAGGCAGCAGUGUCAAACAAAGAGCUGGGAGAAUGGCUGAGGCAGCACCCAACAUACACCAUGGACAUGGCUGGAUUCACACCAAAGAGCGAGGAGUUACUGCUGUCUCAGUUCUCCAAGCCCAAGCAGAAGCGCCAUCGCUGUCGAAAUCCCAACAAGAUCGACAUCAACACCCUGACUGGAGAUGAGAGAGUACCUGUGGUCAACAGACGCAAUGGGCGCAAGAUGGGCGGGGCCAUGGCUCCACCAAUGAAAGAGCUUCCCAGAUGGCUGUUGGAGAACCCAGAAUUUUCCAUCGCCCCUGACUGGACAGACAUCGUCAAACAGUCGGGUUUCCUCCCAGAGGCCAUGUUCGAUCGCCUUCUAACCGGCCCUGUGGUCAGGGAGGAGGGUGUUCGUCGUCGGGGGCGAAGACCCAAAUCUGAGAUUGCCAAGGCAGCAGCAGCCGCUCAGGCAGCAGCUGCAGCUCAAGCUGCCCAGGCUUCACUGGCCACUGCUGCAUCAUCUGCAGGAGGCAUCAACCCUCUGCUGUUGAACAGUCUGUUUGGAGGGAUGGACCUGUCUUCCCUCCAGAGCCUCCAGUCUCUCCAGCUGGCUGCUGGCCUGAUGGCCUUCCCUCCCCCCACCGACCCCAAGCAGGCCGCCGCCAGCGCCGCCGCCGCCUCCAUGCUGCCCCUCAUGCUGCCCGGCAUGGGAGGCCUGCCCAACAUGGCCGCCGCCCUCCCCAACAUGUUCAGCCUAGGCGGGCUGUUUGGCGGUAACCUGGCGGCGGCAACAGCCGCUGCAUCCAACUCCGCUGCCGCCGCCGCCGCCGCAUCAGGGAACACAAACGGAACAACAGAGGGAGAGGGGGGAGAGAGUGACGACACGGUGACGACAAAGAGGAAGAGAGGGGGAGGGGAGAAAGAGGGAGAAGAUGGUGAGGAGGAGGAGGAGGAGGAGGCUGAGGGAAAUGAAGAGGGAGUGAAGAAGGCAAAGAGGAAGAUGGAGAAAGAGAGCGAGGGAGGGGUUGAGAAAACAGAGAAGUCAGUUAAUGAUGUCACUGCAGCUCCUCAAAUCCCAGCUGCCGAUUCGUCGGCUGAGGCUUCCAUCAACGGUGAUGCCGCCGCACUGCUGGCUGCAGCCGGCAUGUCUGCCAACUCUCUGGCGUUCAACCCCUUCCUCCUCUCCACCAUGGCCCCCGGCCUCCUCUACCCCUCCAUGUUCCUACCUCCAGGCCUCGGAGGGCUCAGCCUCCCCGGCUUCCCCACCGCCUCCACCCUGGCCGAGCUGCAGAGCGCCAUGGCCGGAGCGCUGGGGGGCAGCGCCGUGUCCACGAACCCCCCGAGAGACGAGGAGGAGGAGAAGAAGAGGCUGAAAGCUGAGGAGGAGGAGGAGGAGGAAGAGGAGGAGGAGGAGGGGGAGGGAGAGGGAGGAGGAGAGAGUGACUUGGCUGAGGAGAAGGAGGGGGGGGAGGGGGAGGAGACGAGAGGCGAGGCUGGCGACUCAGUUGUAGCAGAUGGAGGGAUGGGAGGAGAGGAAGAGGAGGCAGCAGCAUCUCCACAGAAGGACAAGAGUGACUGAAAUAAACCACAAAACUGACUGACCUGGGACAUUUCCCCUCCUCUGACCUCUGACCUCUGCCUCCCCUCGUCACGUUUACACGCCUCCACCACAAAUAUCCAAACUAUUAUGAUUUUUUUGUUUUGUUUUUUUUUUUCUUUACAUUGUUGUUGAUGAUUUCUCUCUUUUUGUUGUGUAUUUUUGGCCAGGUAUAUUUGCUAUGUGUCAGAGAGGAGGAGGUGUGUGUGUUAGCUUCAGUCUCUCUGAGUGAUAGUGUAGUCAGGGAAAGUCUUGGAGCCGCUCGCUCAGAGCACAGCUCCUCUUCAAACACUGUUUCUCUCUGUCUGCUCUCUAUCCACUUUUCUCUUCCACAAUCCCUCAAACAGGACUUCACAUGGUUCCAAUAGUACUAUUGUUGUUGUUAUUAUUAUUAUUAUUGUUAUUAUUAUUAUUAUUGCUGCUUUCAGCUCUCAGAUCUGUCAUUUUAUUAUUUUUUGCUUCCUUCGUCUUGACUGUUUUGUUGUUGUUGGCAGCGUCUCAACAGAAAGAGAAGAAACACCUGCUGCUGUCACUUUUCUAACAUCGGUUCUCAUACAAACAGCAUUACAGCUGACUCGGCUGUCUGUCUGACAAAGCUGCUGCAAAACCAAUCGUGGAUAUUGGAGUUGAGCUGCUCCGUUUCUGAGCAGGUUUUUAGUUCUCACAUAUCAGACCAGGUAGACUCUGAGGAGGAAAAGGAAACUAGACUGGCCUAACUCAGUCUCACACACUGACUCCCACACCACAACACACACACACAUCCCAACACAUACGUCACAUACUUGAUGAUGAGUUGCACACACACACACACACAUUCAGAUUUCCACCACUACACACAUACACACACUAACCCCCCAAACCCUCUCUGUCAUGUGACUGUUUCUGGAAGGACUUCCUACCAGCUGUGUUCCUUUGAGUGUAUGUGUAUGUGUAUGUGUGUGUGUGUGUGUGUGUGUGUGUGUGCGUGUGCGUGUGCGUGCGCAUGCUUGUGCGUGUGUGCGCGCACUGAACCAAUACUGUUAAACCCAGUCCCACACUGUUUGAAUACCAACUUGAGUCUUUCCACUGCCACAUCUGAAUCCUGUCUCUCUGUCGAGGUGGCUGGUUUUGGCUCAGGAGUGGCAGGCGGCCUGGGUCUGCCUCCAGUCAGGCCCUCUGAUUGGUCCGUUUCAGCCACCGAAAACCAGCUGUCCUCGUUUGGAGGUUUCUGUGAAUGGAUUUGGAGCGGUGGUCCACACAGGGAUGUGAGGUUUCAGGUUUAUUCUUUACAGGGGGGCACAUGAUUGAUUUUCCUGCUCAAUGCCACGUUCAGAUGCUUUUUAAAUCUUUGUUUUUCCUUCACAUCCCAGUAGUUCAGACCAAGCGCUGCUCCCUAGUGACUUCUCUUUAAAGACUGUUGCUCUAGUCACACACACUGACACCAGGCCUGGCCAAAACAGGACUGAGACACAUUUUCAACAGAGUUGGAAAUUCACUAGUUUCUAUAUGAAGUUCAGCUCUGGUUGCUCAGUUUGAAAUACUUGAAAAGAUGAAGAGGUGCUUGAUUUGUUUCCAUUCCUGAGGCCAGUUCAAGUGUCUGAGAUAAAUCAAGCGCUGCAAGUGGUUCCGAUAUCUCAAAGUACAUUCAAACACACACUGUGGCCAGGUCUUAACAUUUGCUAAUACAGCCAGCCCAGCAGAUGAAGAGAGAGAGAACUGGGACUGAGUCGGGGGGAGGCCCCCCCCACCCCCACCCCCACCCUCCAAGUAACAGGGCCCUGUUUUCCUCUCUAAUGCUGAGACAGCAAUAACCAAGGCAGCUUUUGAAUGUUCCAACAUUACUCUCCCAACACACACACACACACACACACACACACACACACACACACUCUAUAUUAAUAACCACAAGUGUCGUAUGAAUAGAAAAACAAAACUAAAACUGUAAAUGAUGACAAAUAAGUACUGCAAUCAAUUUUGUCUCACUCUGUUCCUGUUGAUGCACUGGUGUUAAAGAGUUUAAAUAAUCAGGUACCUUUAUUACUUAGCUACUUUUCUUGAAAAAUGGACUUUUUGUUACUUUUAGCCAGCAAGCUGAAGAGCAUUACCUCAAAAUUCUUAUCUAGCCUUGAAGUUUACAGACAUACCAUGUAAAUGUUUUUUUCCUCUUUUUUUGGUGUGUGUCUUUUUUUUUUUUUUUUUUUUUUCGGAGACAUCAUGUAUGAUGAAUUGUAGCUAUGAUGCUUUUAAUAAAAGUGAAUCAUGAUAUUCGCCUAGGAAACCAAA